UGAAACCACUGUGACGUCAGUGUACUCCGCCCCGGAGAGCGAUGCGGGCAGCGCCACUGGCUUCACGUCCAGCAAACAGAAAAGGCUGUUGAAGUCGUGGGCUAAAAUGAAGGGCAAAACAAAAGAGCAACUCUAUGCCCUGGGCAUGAACUUGGUGCUAUGGAUGCUGGUGGAGGUGCCUGAUAUCAAGAUGUUGUUCCGUAAAUUCAACGCCCACAAGAAGCAGGUGGAGCUUAAGGCGGACCAGGUGUUCGUUGACCACACCGUCCUGCUGAUCAAGCUACUGGACGAGCUCGUGACAAACCUGCCCGACACAGAGAAGUUCAACCUGAUCGUCAAAAGGAUGUGCGAGUUCCAUCUCAACAUCACGCCACACGCUGGGAGCGUUUAUUUUGAGCCAUUUCGCGACAAGUUCCACUUGUUUCUCAGACACUACCCUGACCUUGAAGCAGACGACGAAGACAUCGAACUGUGGACGGAGUUCUUCAACGUCAUCUGCCAGAUAAUCAAGGCUGAGGAGGCCAAGUUGGCGCCACCAAAGGAGAAGUCAAAAUUUGGAUAUGUAUCUUCCGACCAAUCAGAAGCCGAGACGGCAGAAGGAAGUGACGCAACUGAGGCCACGACUGCCGAGUCAAGCCAGGCAAGUGAGAAGUGCAUCGUCACAGGUUUCACCGCCAAGUAG